AUGGACAAACAAGAAACCAGCGACCCCAAACCCCAGGUCCAGGUUGACGACAACCGGGCUGACACGCCCCCACCCGUUCGAAAAACCACAACGGCAUCAGUCGCUUCAGAGAAUCUUCAGCCAUACGCAGAGCGGACAUCGUAUGCGUCGACUCCGUCCUUGCAUCUACAACGGACGCACGAAACAGGGACAGGUGCAGACACAGGAACGGAACACCAGGCUCAGCCGGACGAGCUCAGUGAAAAAGGCGAGCCCAGUCACCAAGCAUCCCCGCCACCGCGCCCUCGCUCCGAAGUGACAAUUGAUCUCUCACGGACUGAGACUCGUUCUGACGCCGAGGCUGAUGAUGACGACGGAUCUGAACAGGGAUCUGAAGAAACAGGGUCCUUCCUGGCCGAUGGCUCGGACGAGGAUCCAGAUCCGCGGCAUGUUUUCUGGAGGAAGUUGAAGCGCUGGAUCCCACUUUUGGAUCGGUCAUUCUACACCCUAAUAGGGUAUAAUCAUAUUAACAUGAUUGUCAGUGCGAUUGCGAUUGUUCUAUUGUCGCUUAUGAUCGCGGGCUGCUCUUCGCAUCUCAUGCGGGACGUGUACAUACUCGCAUUUUCGUAUCGGGCAGAAAACGGAGACAUCGCCAUUCCAAACGCCGUGGUAAAUCCAUCCUUAUACGACCUCGUGGCGAAUGUAAGCUCGACAGGCGUCUUGGAGGUCCGAGUAGGAUACUUUGGUUUCUGCAUUGCGAGUGCAAGUCGUGAUGCUGUCGGUGGCUGGGUCUGCAAGAGAGACGCAACGGUCUUAGCAAGUCGCAUUGAUACUGCCAUUGAUCCGCUUAAUCUGCUAGCAAUCGCUGCUAACUUCAAGGACGAGGUCAUCCUUUCCGUCAUCAUGAUCAUGGCCACCGUGCUCGUAUUUGUGGGGUUCUAUGCCCUUGGUACAUUCCCAGGAUGGCACGAGGAGAUGGACGCGGAGGGGAGUAUUCGCGAGGUGAAGCCGUUUCCAAGCAAUUUAGUGUUGCAACUGGUGGUGGGCUGCCACUUCAUAGCCUCGCUGUUUCUGAUUGUGGCGGUACUAUGGCAGCACAUUGCUUCUGUUGCGUAUGCAGCUAACACGGAGAUCAUCUACGGCGGCGCCGUGCAUGCUCGAAUUGGAGCCGCGGCGGUAGGCAUGGGGUGGGGGGCAGUUGGAGCGACGGUCCUGGUGACUGUUUCGAUGACAGUAAUGACCUUGAGCUUGAGGAUGGUUUACCACUUGUUAGAAUAG